AUGUCGUUCAAGCCACUCUACAGCUAUGUCGAUGGCGACACCCUCGCCGAAACAGUGCGCAAGCAUGCUUCUGACCCAAAUCAAAAAGAAGUUGCGAUCGUCGAUGUUAGAGACGACGACUUUGUGGGAGGCAACAUCGUCACGGCCAAGAACCAUCCCUCUUCCAGGCUCGAUGAUGAGAUCGAAGAUCUCGUUUAUGGCCCGCUCAAAGACUACAAGCAGGUCAUCUUCCACUGCCAUCUCUCGCAGGCGCGCGGGCCAAAAGCAGCAGGCAAGUAUGCGCAGGCAAGACAAGAAGCUCUCGACUUGGGCAAGUUGAAGACAGGGGAAAGUGAAGCGCAGCCAAAGCAACAAGUGCUUGUGCUUAGAGGCGGAUUUAAGGAGUUUCAAGACAAAUACAAGAAAGAUCCCGAAGUCAUCGAAAAAUACGACGCUUCCGCAUGGGAGUACCGCGACUAG